AUGCCCAGCAGACCUCGUGCCAAGCCACCCAGCCCUUGCCUUGCCCGCCGUCCGUCGCUCCCUCCAAGGGGAGGGUCAGGGCUGGAGGAGGAAACCGUUCUCGGGCAGGCAUCCCACCCACCCCCGCAUGGCCGGCCAAGGGAGCCUCUGGAAACGGCACCCCUGACUUCCUCCUCUCUGCAGGUCUGCCUGGAGGACAUCGGACGGGCGCAGCAGGUGGGCAGCUGCCCGGAGAAGCUGCUGCCCAAGAUCCAGCUGCGCAGGGCCGAGUGCCUGCUCUCUUUGGGCCGGCUGCAGGAAGCGGCAGGCGCCCUCUGCAGCGUGCGGGAGCGCCUCUCUGCGGAUCAGAGGCUGGAGGCUGCCCGUCACCGGGUGCUGCUGGGCCGGCUGGAUGAGCUGCGGGGCGGAGCCGGUGAGGAGAGCGGGGCCUCCCUUCGCCCGCCUCCUGCGCCCGGCCAGCCUCCACCAGACCCGGAGCCCUGGGAGGAGAGCGGCCGCGUCUCUGGCGCCUCGGUGGCCGUCAGCCUGGGCUUUUCCGGCUGCAAAGGGCGCCACUUGGUUGCUGCCAAGGAUCUUCCUCCUGGGAAGCUACUGGUGAGGGAAGCGGCCUUCGCCAGCGUCCUCUGUCCCGGGCAGAGCCUCCUGCUGGAAGGGACCGCCCAGGCCCUGCAGGACGGACAGCCAGCCAACCCCGACCUCCACUGCCACCACUGUCUGUGCCCGCUGCUGGCCUCCGUGCCCUGCCGAGGGUGCAGCUACAGCAGGUACUGCAGCCCCGCCUGUGCCCAGCUGGCGUGGAGUGGCUAUCACUGGGCGGAAUGCGCCCUGGGGGGGCUGCUGCUGGCGCUGGGCGUCUUCUGCCACCUGGCCUUCCGGACGGUGCUGGUGGCCGGCUUCGCCCAGGUGGAGGCCUCGGUCGCCCAGUCGCAGGAGGGGGGCACCUGGCCCGUUCCUGGCUGUGAGGCCGACGGACGGUACAGCGGCUCCUACCGGGCCAUCUUCAGCCUUCUGCCGCACACGGAGCAGCACAGCCCCGGCUUCAGGUUCCUCUGUGGGCUGAGCGUGGCAGCCUUGUGCAGGGCGCUGGAGGACGCCGGCCUGGAAGCCUGGAUGGCAGGGGGCCCCCCGAAGUCAGAGGCGGCCCCCAAUGCGCUGGAGGUCUUGGGGGAGGCCAUGCUGCGCCACGUCCUGCAGCUGCAGUGCAACGGCCAGGCGGUGACCACCCUGCGUCCGUCAGGACCCGAAGAUGGGCUGGUGGCCGGCAGUGGGCAGGUGCGCCUGGCCACGGGCUUCUUCCCAGCCCUCAGCCUUCUGAACCACUCCUGCGACCCCAACACCAGCGUGGCUUUCAACGGCUGCACGGUGGAGGUCAGGGCCCUGCGCCCCGUUCCCCUCGGGCAGGAGCUGCUCCACUGCUACGGGCCCCACAGGUGCCGGAUGGGGGCUGCCGAGAGGCGCAGGCAGCUCCUGGCUCAGUACUUCUUUGAGUGCCACUGUCAGGCCUGCUUGGAGGAGCUGCAGCCCAGCGGUGCCCCCUCUGCCCCCGAGGCCGGCCUCUUCCGCUGCCCAGCCUGCCAGAGGCCUAUGCAGGGGAGAGGCACCCUCCGCUGCUCAGGGGGGACCUGCAGCUCCCUGGUCCCCGAGGAGGACUUCCACCGCCGGCUGCUUCGUCUUCAGGGCUUGGCCCAAUCAGCCGAGGAGCUCCUGGAGCGUAGGAAGCUGGGUGAGAGCCCCACCGACCCCCGCACGCAUGCACGCACGGCCCGUGUCCUGGUGCCCCCUCUGGACAGGCGGGAAAGGCUCGCAGGAGAAUGGGGCGUCAUUGCAACAUGACGUGUUUGUUUAUUUGUGUCUCACUUUAUAAGGUACUGGAGGCAGCAAACCCACCAAAUCCUCCCUCCUUUCCUAAGCUGCCCCAGCACAACAACCCUGUGAGGUUGGUUGGGCUAAGCGACCCGCUGGCUUCCCUGCCUGAGGUGAACUGUGGGGCCUCGGUGCUCUCUGAGCCGGGUGGUUUCCUUGCAGACGCUUCAAACCGGGUAACACCUCCAGUGCUCUGAUGUCGUUCCCUAGUUGGGUCAUGAAACGUCUCCAGGGCACCUGCCAAGC